AUUUAGAACAUGUAAAUAAUGAAGAUGAAAAUAAAUAUGAAAAAUAUGAAAAUUUAGAAUUAUCCGUAAUAGAUAUUAAACUUAAUGAUGCAGUAUCUGAAGUUAUAAGAUUAUUAAAAUUAGAUGAAAGUUUGAAAAUAUUUGAUAAUGAAUAA